AUGAAUUGGGUUGCUAGAAAGGCCAACAUCCAGGGCGAUAUCUGGCCCGGCCUACCGAAGAGAUGUCAGACCUUCCUAUUCUUCAAGAUUAGAAAGGGAGAUGAAUUCAAGACGCGCCUCAGGUCUUUUGUGGAGGUGGGCGGAAUAACGACUGCGCAGGACGCGCUUGAUAUGAAGAAGAAGAUCCUCGAGGCAAAACCGCAAGCUAUCCAGCAUUGCCGACCAGCCAAAAUUCAGUCAUUGGCAGGGGUCAACAUUGCCUUUACUUCAACCGGAUUAGGAGCAAUCGGAAAGUUUGUCUUCGAUGAGGCAGGUGUUAAAAAAGACAGAGCGCUUUCCAAAGUUUUUAGAAACAAUCAGCUGCGUGGUGGCCUAUUUGGAAAGGGCAUGUUUUCCGAUCUGGUUGGCGAGGGUUGGGAUGACCCACAAGAACUACGAAAGGAAUAUCAUCCAUCGGGUGAAAGGAACCAGCGGCAAAUUGAUGGAGUCUUUCUAGUUACAGCGAGUCGUGAAGACGACCUCGCUCGUAAGGUUAACAGUAUCAAGGAGCACUUCCUCAAGGAGCCAGGCUAUGGAGAGGUCGAUACCUACCGUGUCAGCAAUGAUCCAGUUCUCGAAUUUCCGCUUAUCAGACAAGGUCGUACUCGUCCAGACAAGGGCAAGGAGCACUUUGGUUUCGAGGAUGGAAUCAGCCAACCGCUCCUAGAAGGCUUAGACGACGUCAAUAUCAAGGACAAGGAUCCCAAGCCGGUGAAGUCGGGAAUGAUCUUCGCAAAACACGACGGUGAUGAUAUGGGGCAACCAGACUGGGCGGAGGACGGUAGUUUCCUUGUUUUCCGAGACCUACAGCAGCUUGUCCCUGAGUUUGAAAAAUGGUUAGAGGACAAUAAGCACAAAGCGCCGUUUGCUGAGUCCUCUAAUAAUCCGAAAGAGAAACUUGCUGCAUACCUAAUGGGUAGAUGGAGGAACGGAACCCCUGUCGAUGAAAAUCCUCACGAUGACACGGACCCCAGCCUCUUCAGAUCCAACAACUUCGAUUUUCAACCUGUCAACAAGCACGAUAAAUGUCCUUUUGCGGCCCAUAUCCGCAAGAUGCGACCCCGCGGAGACCUAGAUCAUGACCAUGCAGUUAUCAUCCGUCGUGGCAUUCCCUAUGGAGGAGAAGUGAGUCCCGAGGAGAAGGCUGUGCAGAAAUCCGAUGAUGAGAAUGAGCGUGGUCUCCUGUUUGUUUGUUAUCAGAGUGAUAUCCGCAACGGUUUCAACUUCUUAACCACCCGCUGGGCGAGUAACCACUACUUCCCCGAUCGGAAGUCGAAUUUUAUCGAUGAUCACGGCCCUGGUAUUGAUGCUAUCGUGGGUCAGAAACUUGAUCAUCACCCGCCUCGCUCUAUUGGCCUGCCUGAUGGUAAGGACCCUACUGAGGCUCGUCUAGAUCUCGAUCGCUGGGUUAUUCACAAAGGUGGUGAAUAUUUCUUCUCGCCGUCAAUUAAUGCCCUGAAGGGGUAUCUGACAUCUGCCUCUGAUUAUCCACCAGCCUUUACAACUCCGUGA